UUCGCCGCGGAACCAGCGACAGCACUUAAAAGAACACUUGGGAAAAACAAUAAAAAUAUUUCGCAAAAGUCAUGGCGAACGCUGGAAAAGUCGUCUGAAAGUGUAUCUAUUGGACCAUUGGAUCCCCACACAGCCAGCACAGCCAGCCCAUGAUGACGACCGAGUUCGGGGGCAGCCAGUUCGUGUCCAGCAAUCCGAAUGCCAGCUGCAGUGCGUCCCGCUGGCUGACGGAGGAGGUCUUCAAGCUGAUCGACAUUGUCCAGCGCGACGAGGCCAUCUACAAUCCGCGCCACAAGUACUACUUCUGCCGGCCGUACGUGGAGAACUUCUGGCGCGAGGUGGACCUCAAGCUGGAGAAGAAUCCGGGCGCCAGCCUGGCCAAGUGGACCAAUCUGCGCAUCUCGUUCCGGCGCGAGUACACCAACUAUCUGGAGGAGAAGGUGCCGCCCUGCUGGUCCUACUUCGACCGCAUGUUCUUCCUGCAUCCCUAUCUGCGCAAGAAGCACCAGCAGUCCAAGUCGCUGGACACCCAGGUGCAGGAUGCCCUGGCGCACCUCUCCAGCCUGUCCAGUCGCAUGCAGCGGGAGCGAUCGGUGGCCAUCCCGGCCAGCAGCGGUGGCCAGCCCACUGCCUCGGCCCACCAGUCGCCGCCGCCGGCGGCUCAGCAGCUGGACAACUACCUGGACUACUUCGACGAGGCGGAGCACAACAACUCCGAGCUGGAGGACAUCAUGGAGGAGGAGCAGCAGCGCAACAGCAGGUAUCACAGCCAGUUGGACAGCAACGACAUCAAGUCGGAGUGCGAGGAGCCGGCCGAUGACUACGAGCAGGAGGCCCACGAGCCGGACGACGAUGAGCAGGAGGACCAGGAUCCGCACAAGAUGGCGCCCACGUCGUCCAGUUCUUCGUCGGCCCAGCGUAGUUAUGCCAACCAGCAGCCGCACACCAGCCGCAUGCAUUUGGGACGCUUGCAGUUGCGUGCCUACCACGACGAGAUGCGGGGAGCAAUACGUCCGCGCUCCCAAGAACUCCAGGCUCCCACUGCAGCUGUUUCGGGGGUAAACUUCGCCUCGCAGCCGGCUGCCCACCCGAACAUUUCCCUUGUGCGUCCCACGUUCAGCAAGCCUGUCGAUCUGGUCAGCACCACCACUCACAGCGGAGGAAAUCCAGGAAUUGCUAACCCCUCAGAAGCAGAACCAUCCACAGCGGCAUUGGCCACGCCAAUUGCACCCAGCAGCAGUAGCAACAGCUACCUGAGUCAGCGGCACAACGGGCACAACCAUGGCCAUGGAGGACAUCAACAAGUGCCGCCUUCAUCGCUUCCUCUGCGCCUGGAGGCCAGCAACCCGCCAACUGCAUCCGUAUCGAAUGGAGGCGGCGUGGAGCUGUGCGACUGCAAGACCGAUCCGGAUGCCAUGUUUCUGAUGAGCCUGCUGCCCGACAUACAGAAGCUAAACGGGCGCGAUCGCGGCAAGAUCAAGAUAGCCUUCCAGAACAUCCUGCAGGACUACCUCUAUCCGGACUAGUCCCGAUCUCUGUGUAGAUACUUUCCGCUUUUGAGCAACGGAACCCAGUUCUGUUUACCUUCUCUGUUGAUUUUCUUUUAAAGCUUUGCUGUGCAAGAACAAAGUAUCCUUAAAACGUUCUAAACACUAUCAGAUAUGUUUAUUAAUUGUAUAAAUAUUUAUAAAUAUUUAAUGUGUAACACAAGAAUAAAUUCAUUUGCAAUUAA